AUGAAGUGUCUGAGUGAAGCCGACGCCCCUCUGAGGAGGCUGGAGCGCCUGGAAGCCCAGCUAGCAGCCCUGGAGAGAGGCCGUGGAGUUGCAGCGCAGGAUGCCCUGGGCCGCGAGAUGCAGUCGCUCGAGAGGCUGGUGUUAGCCAUGCCGGAGAGGGAGCUUCAGGCCAAGGCAGUCGCCCUGCGCAGCCGCCUCGACAAUCUCUGCGCCGGGAAUGUCGUCUCGGAGGGCCAAGCCGACGGAGGAUGGAGACAAGGCAACCCCGCUGAAGAGGCUGCAGCGCCCCACCCGGAGGAGCAGACGGAAUCAGUGCGGAAUGUGGCUUCUUUCCUGCAGAAGCCUGAGGACGACGUCCGCCUACUUGCAGCUCAGGGUACGCUGUCCGAAGAGCUUUCCAAAUUUCCGGCUCUUGGAUGUGCUAACUCUGGUGCGGCAGUCUUCUUGGCUGUGCGACCCUGGAGUGAAGAGGACGACCAAGCAGAGAACGAGCGCCGGCAUCUGGCCGUCCUGGAAAUCAGCCAAGCUGCCACGAACCUUCAGGAAAUCACCGCCCUGAUGGGCAAGCAGCUUGCUCAGGACCAGGAGGCCUUGAAUGCGGUGGAGGCGACAGUGGCGCACACUCGAGAAGUUACCGAGAAAGCAGUCGUGAUUCUGGCGGAGGCGGCUGGCCAGAAACAGUCGCAGUGGGUGCUACCAACUCUCACUCUGACUCUCGGGGGCGGUGUGGCAACGUUGACUUGCCCUGCCACUGCAGCAGCUGCAGCCGCCAGAGGUGUCCUGCUCUUCGGCAGUUCGAUGGUCUCCUACAGCACGAUGGUCUCUAUACAGAGCCGGGUCAUCGACCGUCUUAAGGACCAGCUACCCCGUGUCUUCCAGCCACUUCCGGAUGAGGAGGCUCGGAUGAUUCGCGACGGCAGUCAAGAGGCUUGUGCCAGGCUGCAGCGAAAGCUGGACGAGCCUGGAAGGUGGACGGAGGAGUCUGCGUUCCAGCGGUUGCGCAAAUUCGACCUCUUUGCUCUUCGACGCGAGGUGCUACAGCGCUUCACUAUCUGCUCAGCAGAGUCUGAUCUCCGCAAGGGCGGGCAUGCCUACGCAAUCUCCUUCACUGCGGCCGUGCCGCCGAUCCAAGCUUUUCGUUUGCUUCAGCGCAACAUGGCGGCUGGAUCGAUAGAUCCUGCCUGCAAGGUCAUGUGGUCGCGGCCCCUGCAGGCCGAAGAUGGAUCGGUGCACUCCAUCCGCUAUUUGGCCUUCACCGAGUGGUUCGUGGGCCGUGACUUCUUUUGCACCUGCUUCUGUGGCAAAGCUCAGAGGGACGACGACAAAGAGUGCUAUGUUAUGGCCAUGACGUCCCUGAGCGAAGACCUUCUGAAGGCCGAGGGGCUCCCGAAGCCAAUCGCAGGCCAUGGCCACGGACGAAUCUAUGUGAGCGGCGUUCGCUUCACUGCUGUACCAGACGGCUCGAAGGUUGAGGUGAUGGUCGACACUGAUCCUGAUGCACCGCCUGUGUACAUAUCCCAUGUGGUCGACAGAAGGAUCAGGAGCCACGCUUGCGAUGUCGCUUGGGUGUUGCAGCGUCAGCUUCAUGCUGCAGGUGGCGGAGCCAGGCAGAACCGUCCAGGCCGAAGGGGCCGUAGUGGCAAAGGCGGCAGCUUUGGCCCGAGAGGAUCGGAGCGGGCCCAGCUUGUGAAGAACACCGGUGAGCACGACAAGCGUCUCCACCAGUUCAUUCAGGUCAACAAGCUGGACGACGACUGCGCCAAGAUUCUACAGCGACACUCCAAGGAUGUGCAGGCGGCGGUCAUUGAUGCUUACGUCCCUGACCUUACCAUAAGGGCCAAUCGAGAUGACGGCAGGACCUUGAACACAAGUGCGAUCGUGACCUCGAGAGUGCGGAAAGAGCGAGAGAAGAUUUUAGAACAGCUAAACCACGGCAUACGCCUCAAGGAGUCCAUGCAGGCAGUGGGCUCACGCAGCCCCGGAGCGUCACCGAGGCGGCGAAGGAGCUCUUCCGAAGAUGACCGCUCCAGAAGCAGGUCGAGUCCGCGCCGCAGUCGGUCCGAGGACAGUUCCUCGGGGAGGUCAGCGAGACAGCAGGAUGAUAAUGGAGGGGCCGCGCCAGAGGGUGUGGAUAUCGUAGGUGCUGAAGCACAGGGAAACGACGAGAGAGGCCGCAGGGCGGCACCGCACCGCUCAGUGUCGCUGUCGCGUUCACGCUCGGACUCACGAUCCAUGGAGCCGAAGAACGACGCGCAGUCCCAGCCGCAGCGGCGCGUGGUCGUCAACCAGGCCGAAGAGAACAAAGAGGAUGACACCUCGCUUUUGGAGAUCUGCAACCUACCGGACCUAAUCUCUAGAGGCAAGAAUCCCCUCCAGUACCUGCCGGAGCUUUUCAAUCCGACUCUCAAGACGCUGCCGGAUUUCAAUAAAGAGACGGGAGGCGAGUCAGUCCUCAAAGCUUGGAACAGGCCUGGCAAGGUAGGAGCCAUUCUGCUGCAGUUGCAGAACAAGGCACUGGCAGCCAGCGCUUGCCGAACGCUGAACGGCUUGGAAUUUCUUGGGAACCAGCUCAAGGUGCAAGGCAUCCCAAAGCUGGAGGCAUGCCAUGCAUUAUGA